AUGGACAUCCAGAGCGAGAGGAGGCGGCUGCUGGAUGCAGACGAUGACGAGUCGCCGUCCGGCGUGAGGACGGAGCAAGACGCGUAUCUGGACAAAGUAAAGAACGGAAAGUUGUACCUGGCGACGUUUGCUGCCAUCUUGGGCCCUCUGAGCUUCGGUUUCGUGUUGGGUUACAGUUCCCCCGCCAUCCCAGAGCUUACCAAGAUCCAAGACUCACGGUUACGGCUGGAUGAUGAGCAGGCGUCCUGGUUUGGGUCGAUCGUGACGUUGGGUGCGGCCCUGGGCGGCCUCCUGGGCGGUUGGAUUGUGGACAAGAUCGGCAGGAAGCUCAGCCUGAUGUUCUGCUCGCUGCCGUUCGUUUUUGGAUUCACCGUCAUCGUCGCCGCACAGAACGUGUGGAUGCUUCUGUUGGGGAGGGUCCUGACCGGCCUGGCGAGCGGACUUACCUCGCUCGUGGUUCCGCUGUACAUCUCUGAAAUGGCACAUGAGCGUGUCCGCGGGACAAUGGGAUCCUGUGUCCAGCUCAUGGUGGUGACGGGCAUCAUGGGAGCUUAUGUCGGAGGUUUCUUCCUGGACUGGCGCUGGUUGGCUAUCUGCAGUUCCAUCCCGCCUACGCUGAUGAUGGUGUGCAUGUGCUUCAUGCCAGAGACACCCAGGUUCCUGCUCUCCCAGGGCAAGAGGCGGGAGGCCGAAGAGGCGCUGCGCUUCCUGCGAGGUCCCGACGCCCCUGUGGAGUGGGAGUGUGCCGCCAUUGAGGAUGCUUAUGACGAGCAGGCGGCUAAUUUCCAGGUGGCUGACCUGAAGGACCCGGGCAUCUACAAGCCGCUGGGCAUCGGUGUCAUGCUGAUGGUUUUCCAGCAGAUGACCGGGAUCAAUGCCAUCAUGUUUUAUGCCGAGACCGUUUUCGAACAAGCCCAUUUUAAGGAGAGUGACAAGGCCUCGGUGAUCGUGGGUCUGACUCAGGUGGUGUUUACGGCAGUAGCAGCGCUGAUCAUGGAUAAAGCCGGAAGGAAAAUCCUUUUGGUCAUAUCAGGAGUCGCCAUGGCCAUCAGCACCGCUGUCUUUGGGGUUUACUUUUACUUGACGGCCCACUGGCAUGGUAGCGCCUCGGCGAGCAGCCCGGCGGUAACCCUGUGGACCCAGACGCCGACGCCCGCACCCCUUGCUGAGGCGGACCUGACCUGGCUGGCGCUCGCCAGCAUGGGGGUCUUCAUCACAGGUUUUGCUCUGGGUUGGGGUCCCAUCCCCUGGCUGGUCAUGUCAGAAAUCUUUCCAACCAAAGUCCGAGGUUUCGCCAGCGCCACCUGCGUUCUCGCCAACUGGGGUAUGGCCUUUAUCAUCACCAAGACCUUCCAAGACCUGAUGGCUCUCAUGACCAGUGCUGGAACCUUCUGGAUGUUUGCGGUGGCGUGCGCUCUCAACGUCGUCUUCGCUCUCAUCUUCGUCCCAGAAACCAAAGGCAAGACGCUGGAGCAAAUCCAGGCUAACUUCAGAGGGACCUCGGCGCUGUGAACUUGGUGCUCGCCCGAACCCGAACAGAGCACCGGUCCCUGAAAACUGAAACCCAGGAAGUGACCUCACUUACCUCAGAUAUCUGAUGUCUGAACUGGCCGGCUCGUACCCUACAUCAACUAGUUAGAACAGAUUUAUCACAUACAGCAGCAGCGGGCUUGGUGGUGGUUUUGGAGGAUUUGG